UAUAUGUCAAGCUGUAACCACAGCACCACCUCUAUUGACCACAACACAAUCCACAACAACCAACAGAACUACUGCAACACCAUCUAUACAAACCACGACCACCUCAACUACUGCAUCAUCCAUACAAACAACAACCACCUCAACUACUGCAACACCAUCUAUGCAAACCACAACCACCUCAACUACUGCAACACCAUCUACACAAACCACAACCACCUCAACUACUGCAACACCAUCCAUACAAACCACAACCAACAGAACUACUGCAACACCAUCUACACAAACCACAACCACCUCAACUACUGCAACACCAUCUAUACAAACCACAACCACCUCAACUACUGCAACACCAUCUAUACAAACCACAACCACCUCAACUACUGCAACACCAUCUACACAAACCACAACCACCUCAACUACUGCAACACCAUCUAUACAAACCACAACAACCUCAACUACUGCAACACCAUCUACACAAACCACAACCACCUCAACUACUGCAACACCAUCUAUACAAACCACAACCACCUCAACUACUGCAACACCAUCUAUACAAACCACAACCACCUCAACUACUGCAACACCAUCUAUACAAACCACAACCACCUCAACUACUGCAACACCAUCUAUACAAACCACAACCACCUCAACUACUGCAAUACCAUCUAUACAAACCACAACUGCAGACACCAAAGUAUUAAGCUUCUCACUGACAAUAAAUGAAGAAUUUGAUUUUGCACUCAUUGACCAGAGCAGUGAAAAAUACAAAACAUAUAAACAAAAAAUUUCAAGUUCAAUUGAUAAGAGCUACAGGACUCUACCUAGCUACCAGCCCAAUUCUGCAACAGUGACUGCUUUCAGGCCUGGCAGUGUGAUUACAGACUUUACUAUCAAUACAACAAAUGCUACCCUUAAUUUGGCAUCAGCAAACCAAGACCUUGCUAGUAGUCUCCGUUUACAGGGAUUCGAUGUGAGCGAUACUGCAUUCGUCCAAAGUGUGAAAGAUGGACUAUAUGGAAGUAGUGGCAAUAUAUAUCCUGGGACAAAUCUCACACUGACCUGCAAUCCUCCAGUAAAUAAUGGCAUAAAAUGGACCCUGGAUGGGAAACCCAUCGUAAACAAUUCAAAUAAUAUCCAUCAACUCGAUAAUGUCACCCCCGAUGACAGUGGUCUAUAUGCAUGCACAACUACAGUAAACUCAAUGCCCUAUGUUAUCUGGCAAAUCAUUACAAUUCAACCAUACCCCAAUAUCGAAGUGAGCACUAACAAAGUUGUACAAUGUGAGGAUACAACAAUCCCACUGCAGUGUUGUGUACAGGAGAUGUAUCAAGUGGAGUGGAACAUAUCUUGCACCUCACCUUCAACAGGCUCACCGGCAGGCUGCAUAUUAUGUGACUAUACAAUUAAACAAAAUGAUUGCCAGACUGCUGAACAAGAAAAACAUGUCACAUGCAAACUCAAAAAUCCCAUCAAUGGAACUACAACUCAAAGUUACAACUCAAAGAGCAUCACAAUAAGUGUAUCAAACAAAGCAUUUAUCUGCUCAGAUAGUAUAUUUGGAGCUGGAAAUCUGGGAGACGUACAAAAAGGCGACUGUAAUAAAGAAAUGGUUGGCUAUCAAGUAGCUCUGUGUAAUUCAUCAAACCUCUGGCAACCCAUAGAAGACUACUGUGUCCUGCGUAUCUUUGCAACUUUAAAAGAUGAAGCUGAGAAUUUACAGGUUGGAAACCUCCAACAAUUUAUGGCCAACGUCAGCAAUAAUGCUAUAUUACAGAUUCAAAACAUCACUGAUUCUCCAGCUACCAUAUUAACAAUUGUAGAAAUACUGAAAAUCAUUUCUAGUUUCUCACAAACAAUUUUAAUCAAUCAACCCGUCAUGACGGUAAGUUAAUUUUUUAAAAUAAAUAUGAUUGUAUUUAGUCUAUAUGCUAUUUGAUGUACAUUGUAAACGCCCAAGUGGGAAUAGCUUUAACAAUGACUAUCAGGUUGUAUAAUUUGUAAUAAAAGCAGCAUUUCAUGUUAUGUAGCUAUUUUACAGUUACAAUUUCUUUUG